UCCUGUCACUUUUUCUAUAAUCAAUUUUAGAUAGAGAUGUUUUUAUAAAAUCUUUUCAGUUCAUUUUCGGAUUAAGUUGUAGUUUAUAUUUUUUUUUAUAUUACACAGUGUUUUAUCACUAUAUUUAGGUGUAGUACUAAAUUAUGCCUGAGUGCAUACCGUGUCCGGCGGCGGCGCCGUGCGCACCAUCGGCUGGCAUCAAAUCAGGCCUACGGGACGGUCAGCGGAUCGAUGGAAAGCAGGAACAGCCUUGCCCAUGCCGUACUUGCUGCUGUAGUAAACCGCCUACCGUGAAACCAUGUUACAAACAGCCAAAGAUUCCAGACUCAUAUGCGCCCCGACGAUGCUACAAGAAGCCAACGGCUCGAGUUGAGAGUGGUACUACGUACAACAUGUCUUACUUACCGGUGGACGGCUGCCAGAACCUUAGGGGAGUACCCAGGAAACCAGCUCCCAACUUGGUGCCGAGCUGCGAGCCGAUGGAAGGGUGUACAGUUCAAAAGCUGUCGUUUCUACCAAACCCGGUGUGCAUGACACAACCGAUCCGACCCUGCCACCAUGACAUGUGGGGCCAGGGGCCCAUGCAGAAUGUCACCACACAGCGGCACGACUACGUACCCAAGCCGUGCGUACUCCGGGAAAACUUCAAACCACCAGCUAAAUUCCAUUGUGUGGAGCAACCUUUCGAAAAUCGAACUGUCAACAAGCUAUCUUAUUUGCCGCCGGAAAGGUUGGAACAUACGAAGUCGUACGCGCCCGAGCGAUGCUACGAGAGACCGGCUGCUAAAAUGGAAGGGACCACCACUCAGAAAAUGAGCUACAUGCCCAACCAAAUUCUACCAAGAGAACCGUUGCCAUGGGCUUGUAAAGGACAAUACCAAAAACCAUGUCAGAGAUUGGAUGCAAAUACUACAUACGCCAUGAGUUAUCUGGAUGCGAAGAGUGACUGCAGACGGCAUGCUAUCAUACCCGAUACGUGCCUCAAUCCCGUGACAGUGUCCAAGAGAUUUGAAACGCAAACGAUUUAUAAAAACAGUUACCUACCGGCCUCUACACCUAUUCCACAACCUAUGAAACCAGCGCCUAACCUAGUGCCGUCCACUGCUCAGAUGGAGGGGGAUACUGUACAUAAGCUUUCGUUCCUGCCGAAUCCGGUAUGCAUGACACAAGCGAUCCGACCGUGUCACCAUGACAUGUGGGGUCAGGGGCCCAUGCAGAACGUCACCACGCAACGGCACGACUACGUGCCCAAACCGUGCGCAAUCAGGGAGUCAUGCAAACCGCCGACCAAGUUCCACUGCGUUGAACAACCUUUCGAAAACCGCACUGUGAACCGAAUGUCCUACUUGAACCCCGGACGUAUUCCCGUGCUAGAAUCAUACGCUCCGCUAAAGUGCUACGAAAAGCCUUCAGCCAAAAUGGAAAGCGAUACCACACAAAAAAUGUCGUACCAACCAGUGUGUGUGCCGUCGCCACAGCGGCCACCGUGGGCCUGCAAAGGACAAUAUCAAAAACCCUGCCAAAAGCUGGAGGGCACAACUAUCUACCGUUCGUCGUUCCUACCGCCCGGAGAAGAUUGUACCCAAUACAUAGAUCCAUGUGCUUAUGGCGACUGCAAACCGUGUAACUGUAUUUGUCCUGCCGAAUGCAUAGCGACAGAUCCCUGCGCUUGUAACUUCCCUAAAGCGGCGUGUUGCAGCUAGCCGACGCCAUUUUGAAGUAUUCUAAAUUUAAAAGUGCCAUACAAAAUGGCGUACUUCCUGUGAUUAACGUCAGUAGGCUUUCAUUUGCUGAUAUAUUAAUUGUAUUAAUGUAAUCAAGUGUUUUAUACUCAACUACAAAUAGAUAUUUCAUUAAACAUAUUGGAGAAUU